AUGAAUCUUUAUGACAUUCAUGCUUUACUUACUCAAAAUGAUAAAUAUUUGAUUAUUGCAUUGUUGAUUGGUUGUGCCGCAGCUCAUCGGGGGACUAGCGAAGUCCAUGUUUAUAAGAUGAUAUCAGCUCAUUUACCUUUUUUAUUACAACCAACAUUAGUUGAAUUCAAAAUCGAAUUAAGCAUUCAAUCAGCAGCCAUAGUUUCAUUGGGAUUGCUCUUUGCGGAAACAGCAAAUCACAAUAUUUCUAGCCAACUUUUAAAUCAAAUCUCUCUUGAAGUUCCGUGUGAGAGUGAUCAGGCUUUUGAGCGGUAUUCUUUUGUUUUAACUGCAGGCAUGGCUAUUGGAUUAAUUAAUUUAGGUAAAGGAAAGGAGAUUACUGAUACUGAAAUUCCAAUUUCAUCAACGCCUUCACUGAAAGAACGUCUCAUCAAGCUUCUCAAUGGUGGUGAACGUCGCUUGGCUUAUUUAAGUUAUGAUCGUGUUGAAUGUCCAGGAAUGCGUAUUGGAAAUUUUGCGAGUAGCGGUGGUGGAGGGUCUAAUUUAAUUUAUUCACUGAGGAGAUAUACUCCUGGAGGAAGUGCCAUGGAUGGUUUAGGUGCUGGUAUGUGUAUAAUUAAUAUUGAUCUAUAUAAAAUUGUAUCCUUUGCUUCUAUGCAAGUUUACAUCAAGUUUUCCUUGCAAUUAAAUAGGAAUCUGUCGUUAUGA